AUGCGCCUCCUCCACGAGUGCACAACGCGCCUCCCCACCGGCGUGGUCUCCAUGUUCGCGGCCGCCGCCGUCUCGCUGACGCCACUUCCGCAUGCGUGCCUCGCCGCCUCGCCGACGCCGGAAGCGCAGGCCGUGCUGCGGAAGGGGUUUACCGCCGCGCAGGCGGGGCUGUACGCGCGCGCCGACGGCCUGCUCUCCCAGUCGAUCGCGGAGUGGGAGAAGACCAAGCAGCCGCCGGACGAGGUGGCGGCGCUGUACAAGACGCGCGGCGGAAUCCGGAAGGAGGCCUCGCGACUCGACGAGGCACGGCAGGACUUGUCGCGGGCGCUGGCCCUGUACGACGCGCCAGGGAGCCGCCCCGACCCCGCGGAGGUGCAGCGAACCUACCAGCUGCGAGCGCGUGUGAAUGCGGCUCUCGGCGCAAAGCGGGCUCAGAUCGACGACCUGUCCGCCGCCAUCUCGAGGCUCGACACUCUCGAUGCGAUCGAAGCGACGAACCCGUACCUCUUCUCCGAGCGGGGGAGGGCGCGCAUGGCGGUGGGCGAGUACGGCGGCGCCACGGAGGACCUCGAGCUGGCCGAGAUCCAGUUCAAGGAGAUUGGCGACAAGAUCCGGCGCACCAUCGCCGCCGCGGACGGCGCGAUCGCCAGCUACGGCGCCGGCGAGCUCGAGGCUGCGGUGGAGAAGAUGCGGUACGUCUUUCGGAGCCGCGGCAUCCCGGCGAGCAACAACCCGGAUGACAUCCCGCUGCUGCAGGAGCUGACGCUCAAGGACGCGGAGCUGCACGUCGCGUACGCGGCGCACCUGUACGGCACGCAGAGCAAGCUGCUCGAGGCGACGCGGCAGUGGGAGGCGGGCUGCAUCCGGCUCGACACGUACGUGAUCGACGGGCAGGAGCGGCUGGCGGCGGAGCAGCAGCUGCGUGCGCAGGAGGCGCGCGAGGCAGAGGCGACGGGGAGGGAGGCCAAGGCGCUGCGCGCCGAGAGCGUCCGCUCUCAGCCCCUCGGCGCGCUCACGCCAAACAGCGACCUCAACGCGAGGCUGAACGGGCUGGACCCGUCCAACCCGUACGUGACGCAGCGGCCGGGCUCGUCGUACUUUUGGUACAAGACUGGCGAGGGCGAGGUCGAGCGGCGCGACGCGGGCAACGAGCUGGCGCAGGUCGACCCGAGCCUCUCGUGCGUCGCCUUUCGGGACGCGGGGUGGGUGGCGGAGAACCGGCCGGAGUGGCCUCCCAACCUGAGGCAGAGCCUCCGCCGGUGGGCCGACGAGGUGCCGCAGAGACCGUACGUGCUCCCGCCCAAGGGGUCGCCGCCGUCACGAGGGGAGGUGGAGUUUUGA